AUGCCUACCGAAGUUGAAGGAACACACCAAAUUGGUAACAUUUCUCUCUACACCAAUACUUGGAAGCCCGAUGGACCGCCUGUCGCAAAACUAAUCUUCAUACACGGCUUCAACGACCAUAUCCACCGCUACUACUCCCUCUUCCCAUCUCUCGCCGCCCGUGGAAUUGAAGUCCAUGGCUUCGAUCAACGAGGAUGGGGACGAUCCGUCAAGAACCCCUCCCAGAGAGGCCUCACAGGCCCCACUACGCUGGUCAUGUCCGACGUCGUGUCCUUUAUAAAAACGCAAUUACCCUCUCCCGUACCGUUGUUCAUAAUGGGACAUAGCAUGGGCGGCGGCGAAGUAGCAACGCUAGCCAGCGAUCCAAAGUAUGCGGAUCUAAUACCUUCCAUCCGUGGCUGGCUUCUCGAAUCGCCGUUGAUCGCCAUCGCAAAGGGCUACGAACCAUCGGCUAUCACGGUGUUCCUUGGGCGGAUAGCAGGGAAGAUAUUGCCGCAUAUGAAGAUGGCGAAUCCUUUGCUUCCGGAAAACAUGACACGGGACCCGGAGGUGGCUAAGAGUUUGAGGGAGGAUAAGCUGGACCAUGAUACUGGUACACUGGAAGGGCUUGCGGGGAUGCUUGAUCGGUCUGCUGCUUUGGCUGAAGGGAGGGCGAGGUUGAACAAGGACGUAAAGAGUAUCUGGUUGGGACAUGGAACGAAGGAUAUGGGCACGAGUUAUGAGGCGAGUAAGAAGUGGUUCGAGGCACAGACUCAGGUGCAGGAUAAGGAAUUUAAGACUUAUGAGGGCUGGUACCAUCAGUUGCAUGCUGAUUUACCGGAGACUAGGGAUGAGUUUGCGAAGGAUGUUGCCGAUUGGAUUUUGGCUAGGAUAGGGGAUGAGAAAAAGGUAGAGUCCAAGUUAUAG